CGUUCUCAACUUUAGUUCUUUGCGAGUAUCCGAGACGUUCGGUCGUAAUUCGUAUCUGAAUUUGUAUCUGUGCGUGCUGGCUGUCCAGAAAUCGGACCAGGAAUCGAAGUUUUUGUGGCAGAAGCGGUAGAAGCGGCAGAAGUGGCAGAACAGCGGCAACAGCUGAAAGUCAAGAACGAGCUGCAGCUGUAUCUUUGCAUCUGCACUAACCAGUAUCUUUGUAUCUGUGAACGCAUCGCGUGUAUCUGUGGGAUAGUGUGUGUUGUUGAUUUCGGGCCCGUCAAACUGGGAGCGACAACCUAAUCAAUCAGUCACUCAAUAUGGCCAUUUCUAAGAGCCAUCGCCAAGGCAGCUGCAUCCUUCGGGCUUGGGAUCUGGCUCUGGGAUCUCUCCUCUUCGUGACCAUACUAGCUUCGUGCUCCGCGGCUCCAUCGAUCAUUUCAGUAGAGUCCACUACCCUUCCAACGGAAGUAGAAGAAGCUACCACCAUAUUGCCGGUGCCACAGGAUGAAAUCUCGUCGUCAGCUGCCCCAACGAAACAAAAUGAUACGGUUGUGACCUACCUAGUGGAUCCUGCUAAAAUUGAGGAGUCUGAUCAUGCAGAUUCCACCCAAUUGGGAGUAACUGAAGCCUCAGAAGCCAAAUUUGUGUCCGUUUAUGGUGCCACACUGGAACAGGAUAUCAAAAACGACGUCAAAAGCGAGGUGGAGGAUGAAGCUGAAUCGCCAGUGGAUACACUUAUUGAUGACAUUAAGGCCGAUGCUGCAGAGGUGGAAAACCAUCAGCAGGAAAGAGAUGGUAAGGUUGAUGUUCAAAAUUUUCGGGAACCCAAAGCUCUGGAAGCAGAGGAAGAAAAUGCAGAUCAGCCUCAGCAAGAAGAGGACUCGUAUCCGGAUACUGUGACCGACAACAUUGCCGUGUCCAGUGAAGUGGUGGAAAGCAGGGUCCGACCCCUGCCUAAUAUUACCAGCGACCUGGUUUCCGUCAUUCUGAAUGAAGACAAGGCCAUAACCGAGCAGCCCAUUACCAAAACAAAUUUGCUGGCCCUGGAGCAGGAGCAUGAGAACUUUGAGAGCGAAUAUACUACGCCGGAACCCACUUAUGAGGAGCCCAAACAUCAGGUCACCAAGAAGCAAGGUGUGGAGGAUGUGCCUCCAGAGCUAGCACCCGGGGUUGAGGAUGAGCCGGAAGGUAAAGUCCAUCGAGAGGAACGUCAAUUCGAACAGCCAGACUUGAAACUCAAUGAGAUUGAUGAAGAGGAGGCUCCCCAAAAAUCAUCCACAACAGCUAAGCCAUUGGUCCAUGUAGAGCUCGCCAAAUCGGAGGAUGAAGUCCAGGACAUUGAGAAAAAGACUGAGGACGAGGCCAAGGCAGAGAUUGAGGAUCAGGUGGUUUCUCAAUCCAAUUUGGAGGAGACUGUUGUAGAUCCUGCAGAGGGAGAGGUUACAAACCCAGCGGAAGAAGACCCUGGAACCACAGAGGAAAGUAUCGCUGAAGAGACUAAGGUAGAAACCACAACUGCAGCCACUCAUCCCCAGCAUGAAAUCAUAGAAAACGAACCACAACAGCCCGCUGUUGAAGCAUCUACACAGACUAAUCCUGAACCAGAAAUCCAAACACAAGAGCCUGCUGUGGAAGUAUCCACAGACGUCCAUUUCGAGCCCGACCCAGUAGAAUCUAAAGAGGCAACCGAGGAGUCUCCGAAAGCAGUUGACGAAUCCCAAUCUGUUGAAGAAAAGCACGACGAAAGUGCUGAAUCCGAGGUGAAACCAACGGUUGAACCUGAAGCCGACAAAGAGGACUCCUCUUCGUCCGAGGAAGAGGAAAAGGAUGAGACCAAGCCCCCUUCAGAUGACAGCACUGCUACUCCCCUCGUCUCCUAUCCGCCCCACGAUGCUGGCAGGACUUUCGACAGCAACACGGCGGACGAGCACUCCGCCCAACUGUCGAAUCCUUCGAACUACCGCUCCACCCUCAUCAUCGCCCUGUGCUCCGGCACUGCCGUGAUCUUCAUUGUGGCCUCGUUGGUGAUCUUCGUGGUCUCCUUCCAGCGGCAGCACGGCACCUUGGACAUUGAGAUGCAGGAGCAGCGCUUAGGAAAGGACAUCCAGGACGACGAAGAUGCCCAGAUGAAACUGCUCGAUGUGGAUCUCACCAAGGCCGUCAUUGUGCCUUCGGGAAAUGAGGAGACCGAUGAGUGCCUCUAGAUCGCUCCUUUCACGCAGCACUCUGAUCCUCUUCAGGUGCCCCUGUAAAUAUUUUUUAAUUCUGAGAUUGCGACGAAGACUUCAGCUGAUUGUUUUUUAUUUCGGUUUCCAAAAUUGUUGACUGAAAACAUCUGCAUUGAAUCGAAACAAAAAAAAAAAAAGAAAAUACGAAUCAAAUCGAAACGAAAUCAAUUGCCAUACUGAUUAAUUUUAAACGCACUUUUAGAUCUUAAGGUUUCGCAAAAAUUUCGCAAGAAAAUAUUUAUACUUAGCGUUUUGCUAUAGAUUUAAGCACCUUUUUUAUUGAGUCUGAUAUGAAGUCAGAAUAAAUAUUUUCGAUUGGUAUAUUAUUUUGUAGUAUUCUUGGAAGCGUUCGGCAUGAAAAUUAUAGCAUACUUUCUGGAUGAGUGGGGAUCUUGCAUAUAAAUUAGGUUUUUAAAAGAUUUUCAUUAGGCAAAGAAUUAAUGGAAAAUUGAGUUAAAAUUUAAAAAUAAUUAUUCUUAAAAUGAAUUUAAAAAUUUAGUUAGUGACCCUGUGGAAGCCAGUAUGUUAAAGCAACAUACUUUUGGAAGUAAUGUCUGCAAAGUGGCAGGUUAUUACCAUCUUCUUUAUUUCCAAUGGCCAAGGCAACCUUUCAAGUAAAUUGACAAAAACAUGUUGCUUUAAAAAAUAUAUAUACAAAUUUAUUUUUAAAAAAAGUAUAAGCCCACCUGUAUGUGCUAAAGCUUGAAAAACAUUUGGUGUGAAAACAGCUGCAUUAAACAAGAAUAUUUAUUCGAUUUGAGUCUGAGAGGCAGUGUCGAGUUCAAAUACAGGCCGACUGAACGACAUUCGAGAUUAAAAGUCUAUAAAGGUUAACCAGAAAUGAUUUAGGUGGCACUCUAAGCUCAAGCAAUAAACCCGCGGCACCAGUACGCCUAAUUGCAUGUCAACCGCAGCAUAUUGAUCAAAAGCUCAUUUGCCACUCGACGACUUUUCCACUUUUCCACUGUAGCGGGCGGCACGCUUCAAAGUCGAUUUUUAAUUAGUUCAUAAUGUCGAGAGCACCACGAUCGGUGGCAGCUUCUAUAUGUAUGUUAGUCGGGCAGAGAGCUCGGCGAUUGCUGUGCGAGCUUGCAACAUAAUAAAUAAGAACCCAUUGAACUCAUCCCCCAUGCCACACCGAAUCGGAGGCACUCCCAUAAUUUUAGACGCCAACGAGAGCGAAAAUCGAAGACUCUCGCUUUUUUCCCGAUUUUCCCGACUUUUGUGUAAAUGAACUUAAUGAGUGGAAAAUGAAAUGGCGCUCCAUUCGUGACCGAAUGAAAUAAACAAGACGAUUUUCGAGAUUAAGAGUUUAUACCGGGGCGUUCGGCUGUUCAGAUAUUUGUUUAUGCGGGAUUAUGCAACUGCCAGCACAGUGGGCUUAGGGUUAGUAAUCGUAUCCAGUUUCUUCUGCUGCUCUUCUUGGGGCUAUUAAACAAUCAAUUUAAAAGCAAUAAAAUACCAAUUGACAGCAUAAUUUUCACAAUUCCAUCGAACUCAAUUGCAAAACUCUCUGGAGCUUGAAUCGGAAAUCCAAUGCGAUUCAAAGACGACGUCAUUGUUUGUUUGACUUUUGUUGUUUUUUCUAUUGGAUGGAAUUUAAUCCAUAUAAUGUUGAUGCACUGAGAAUACAUUUAGUUUAAUUAUUAUAUUUUGAUUCUGUUCCAAUUAUGCUUUAUCCAACUGAAAGUUUUUGCAAGGUAGCUUCAUUUUCUUACUUUUGAAUUUACUUUGUGAAAAUAUGAUUUUUGUAUGAUUUGAACAUAGGAUUUAUGUAUAUACUCAUAAUAUUUAAUAAAACUAACAACUUUUUCCUCACUGCAUAAAAACUGCCGUUUAAACGCAUUGUUAUGGGCAUGGCCAAGAUUAAAUUGCACUUUAUGCUAGAGCAACCACUGUGCUGCAGUUAUUUAGCCACUCUGCCGGCCGAGAAGGGCGGAAUGCGGAGAGUUUUCCCAUUUUCUUCCGGACUCUUGUGUCUGGCGAGCGUCUAACGGAAGAGCAACACGCUUGCCAAAGCUCCGCGCUCACGCGCCUUUCGCUCGCUCAGCUGUUCCGCCAAGUAAAUUAUUUUCCCCAAAUGAAUUAAAUAAUCAUAGUGCAUGAUGCCCUUCCCUCUCCAUAUGCGUCUAGCUUUGUGCGUCUAGCGCUCCGUCUCCGGCUCGUUCGCUCUCGUUCGUUCAGUGGGUGGCGCUUUUUCAUCUGCCACACAUUUCGAAAAAAGCAAAAUAGCAACAUCAAAAAGUUUUUCAGUUUGCUUGUUGCUUUCCACGCGUGCGGUUCGCUCGGAUACGUCGUUCCUCUUCCUUUCGGGUCUUUGAGUUACAGUGUGUCCGCUCGUUUGUGUGUUUGUGUUUUCUUUCAAAACCGCAAAAGG